GGUGGUACACUGAUACUAGGUGCGAGUGCGAGUUCUCAGUGCUAGUGCUACUUAGUCAACGAAAAAAAGUUGUGAACAAAACGUAGCGACGUCGACGACGAUGAAGACGACGACAAACCGUACGGGAUAGGAUAUCGAGACUAAAGAUAGGAGAUUUUGUUAUAUUACCUUAUUCGAAGUGAAGCUGAUGACGACAAAAAGGGAAUUUCCAAGAGAGCCUGACCGUGACUGGGCCGUGUGACCUUGGAUUUUUGCAUUGUCUAUUGUUUUGUCUUUUACGCUCUGUAAUAGUUUCCCUUGCAUUAUUGUGCGGAUGUGGUACUGCUACAAUGCUGUUGUCGUUAUUGUUGCAAGUAUACUAUGUUUCAAUAAUGCAUUAUUGUAGUAGCUGGUAUGCACUGGCUACUAGUUUUUCAAAGAAAUUAACGUGCUAAUUUGAAGAUUCAAGUAUUAAGUGCACUACAAUUAUUGUCAUUAUUGUUAUUAUUAUUAUUAUUAUUAUUAUUACUAUUACACAGCAUUUCAGAAAUAUAGCAAUAUAUAUUUAGAUAAUCAUCGAUGAACAGACGCAGUAUUUUUUCAUAAUCGAUUUCAACUUACCCACAUAUAUAUUUACAAGUUAUUUAUACACAAUGUCUUCGGUAAAUAGUGUUGAAUCUUUAGGAACCCUUCAGUGGGACAUGCUUGAGCUUGCUGGGCAUUUGCAUCAGGAAAGACUUUUUGUGAGUUCAGAGCAACAAAAUUUACAACUUUUAAAUGAAAAGGUAUUGAGCUUAUCAUCAGAUUUAGCACAACAGGCAUGGAUAACCGCUCAGCAGAGGGUUAAUUUGAAUCGUCUGAUAGUGUCAAGGCCUGAUUGUACACCAGCUUCCUGCUGUCAGAGAGCAAAUAUUUUAGAAAAUUCCCGGUUUAUUGAUGCAUUUAAGCAAUUGCCCUACCAGUCAUGUAUAGCAUAUGGCGAAUUUUUGUCUUCGCUGAGAAAAUCGCCAAAACUGCUUGCCUCCUGCCUGGUGGAAGGCGACAAAAUCGUUCCAGAAAUGAUGCAAAACGUGAUACAGUCCCUCGCGAGUGGACUGUAUGGCAGUUGCCUUUUACCUGAGGACAAAAUUCUCGUUUUAAAACUCCUGCGCCAUCUCAUUCUUUUGCAAAUCGUCCCUUCUGAUAAUCCAAGACGAUUGCUAAGGCAUGGCACGUGUGCCUUUUCACGUUUCUACUCGGUUUUUCACGAGAGCCUCUUUUCUGCUAAGUUAUUUUUGACUGCUGCUUUGAAUGGACCCAUUAUGCAGCUGCUGAUAGAGGAUGAGAUGUUUCUUGAUAUUGAUCCAGAUAAAGCGCCGAUUCGGUUCCCACCUUGCGAGAGACUGAAAAAAUUUGGCAAGGAAGGUACCGUUGAGUAUCAAACUAAAUUGCAGAGAUAUAGAGUCUGGACGGUCAACUCAUUGGUACGCAUAGCUCAGCGCUUCAUUAUCAGUAUUCGCGAGAAUAUGCACUGCUUUCCAACGUGUGUGUAUUGGCUAGUGCGCCAGAUGGCCGGUCUGUUGAGUAAAAACGGCCAGGUUGAUUCAAAAGAAAUCCAUACAAUGUGUACGGACCUCGUGUUCACGUAUUUCAUAUGUCCAGCCAUAGUAAAUCCUGAACCCUAUGGGAUCACUGAUGCUCCCAUUAGUUACGUAGCUCGCUUCAACCUUAUGCAAAUUGGUCAGAUAUUACAAAUGCUCUCGCUGAUAAAAUAUCAAAACAUCGACCCUAAAGUAGCGGAUCUCUAUCGAAGAUUCGAAAAGGACUCGGUGUCUUCAAUAUUAGAAACUAUGUUGGAUGGCGCAAUGGAAGAGCUAGAGGAAGAGCCUAGCGUCAUCGAGGCUAACAAGUUACAGGGAUUAUCGCGUUCUGCUGCCCUUUUCACCGAAAACGAGCUCACUAAUCUCGUUAAUUUGCUCCAAUCGGUUAAUAGUGUCGCCCAGUCUGUGGCAGAGGCGAGCGCAAUGGAAGACGGAGAGGUACCACCAACUGUAACACCAGCAUUUGAUCACAAGCAGCUCAAUGAUAUGUUGUCUCAGUUACCUUCCGCUGUCCUCAAUGCUAAUAAGACAACGAACAGUAAUUCUUCGUCAGAAACGCCAAACAAAAAAAGCAGUCUGUUGGGCAAAGCAGGUAAAACUCGAGGAAAUCGAAACUCUGGCAGCAAUUGUGUUUCCGAUGUUGGCGAUGAAGCUAAUGGUGCUUCUGGUCCUGAGGAUGAUCCAUCUGAGAAAAUGCCCCUCGGUGUCUUGAUUAUCCCUUUUAACUCAAGUAUCGGCGAAUCUGUGGGAUUAUUAAGUGAACAAAAGGUUUUGUGCAUGCAGAGGAAUAUUGAUUCCAAUUCUAUGACAAUAAAUCUUCCUGGAGAAUUGGCCAAUGGACACAGCGGUGGAGCAGAAGGUAGUAGCGACAGGAUUGAGACUCAAGAAAAAAGAACACGCUUUUCUCUCUCCCACGACGAAGUUUUGUUUGAGGGAUCUAUUGGUAAUACAUCAGAUAAUUUAGAAGCCGUGUCUGAAGCGGCAUCUAAUCACAGCGUAGCUUCGUCAUUGGAACUUGAGACAGAAGAUCAAAACGAUAAUCUGUCGGACAUGGUUUCUGCGAAUGUGUCGGGUAGAGGAACACCAAAUAUUUCGGGUCGAGAUACCCCAUCCUCUCAAAUUACGGAAGGCGAUGAUGGUCGGGGAGGUGGUGAAAAUCGACAGCACGAUUUGCCGACACCCUCUAUCGCCACGAAACAAAGUCGUUCCGAAAUCGACGAUAAGUUUUGUAAAUUUGAAAUAAAAAAACUAAUGGAAGGAGACGAAACGAUAUCGCUAGUGUCGGAUACUUGGUCUACUGACGUACUAGCUUCAGAUAGCGAGCUUGUAGAACAACAAGAACGGUUCGCCUUUCUUCCGCCCGCAGAACAGCCAGCACCACCUCCACUGCCUCCGGAAAAUCCGCAAGCAAAUUUUGACGUCAGCGAGACGGCUUCGGAAGCCUGGAGUACUGAUGUUUUAGCUAGCGACUCGGAGAGAAUGACGGAGGUUGACACCGAUGAUACUGCUAGUGUUGCAAGGUCCGACGAUACAGCAAGAUCGGAAAUCGAAAGUCGAGGGGAGCCAGAGGGAGGAGAGGACACACCACCACCUGUGAACCAGCUUUUGGACAAUGCGAGCAAUUUCUUCCGGCCCAUUCGAGACGAGACGUCAAAUCGUUCGGUUGCGACGUUGCCCUCGUCGCCGACAACACCACUCUCGCCGUCCUCGUCUAACGUAACGGGCCGUGGUGGCACUAGAUCGGACUACCGUCGCAGUACGAGGGAAUACGUGGACAACAACGCCAACAGCCUGAGCAACGCCAUGUGCUUCGACAAGUCGAUUGGUGAGGAUCGGUUGGUCCAACUGAUUGAUAAGUUGCAAACCGACUGUGCCAAAUGCAACGACGGCUCCGAAGUUGGCGCUGCCGUGGCUGGAAAUCACAUCGGUGCUGCUGCCGUGGCGCCCGCCCUCCUGCUGGCUAAUCACAUCAACGCUCCGACCUCGUCGUCGAGUCCGAAGCUGCCUAAUGGUGACGUUAAGAUGGGCCUGGAUGACAUGAUGUCCAAUAACGUCGAUGUCGUCGUUCGUCUAAGCACCGUGAGUUUGACCUCGAGCAGUAGCUCGGGCUCCGAGCCUCGUAUCGUCAAAACAACCAAUUCCUCGAUCGACGUCGCCGGAGCAGUCAAUGGACUAAACAAUAACAACAGUAAUGCCUGUUGCGGUGACGUCACAGACAGCGCGAGCCCUACGAGUAGUUUCUGCAAGCCUUUAAGCUCCACGGGCGCCAUACCUAAAAGCAUCAGCUUUGAUAUGACGGCGGAACGUGGCGAUAAGGAACUAUUGGAUGACGAGCAAAAGGCUAAGCGCGGUUUCUUCAAUAAGCUGAAACAGUCUCUUGGAAGAAAUCGUCGGGGCAAGUCACUCCGUGGCUCGGAUGAGCUGGCCCGAUGUUACGACCGAGGUCUGUCGGACUCUGGAAAUGAGUUUGGAGGGUCUGGUGGGAGUGAUGGUAGACACAGGCUUAGGAGGAUCAUGUCUGAAGAUACCACGUCCACAUGCAGCAUAAACAGCGAUACAACAGAUGACAUAUUAGCCAAGUACAGAAGAAAGCCAAGUACUAACAGCGAUACAGCGUCGGUAGAAAGUUCACAGUCGCGAACCAAGGAGAUCGAGGAUGAGAGGCUUUUUAUUGAUCCAAACAAUGUCGAGCUGUCGUUCGCUUUCACCGAUGCUAAGAGAAAGCUUCGAAUGGUUCUCAGCACGGCAGAUUUGCAACAUGUACCGUGGUCUAACGUCUCUGAGAGAAAUUCAUGGAUGCAAAAAGAGAAUGAAUUGAUUGCCUUUCUCCAACUUCAGCUGGCUGAGGCCAUAAACUUGCAAGAUCGAGCGUUGAUCGCUCACUUGCACGAGACACUUCGCUGCGUUAGAUUAUUUAACGAGGAUGGUUGUAGAAAAUUAUUCAAGUCUCUUGGAGAUGAUUAUCAAAAGCGCUCGCCGUACAUUGCUUAUUUGAUUAGAUGUCGGCAAGGCCUUCUGUCCACGACUGCACAUUUGGAAAAAUUAGGGGAACGAGUUAAGUGUGAUCGUGAUGCUGUAAAUAGUCAUCUGGUGUAUGUGUGCGUCAGAGUGUUCUUGGAAAAGCGAGAAAUGCAUGUGCAAAGGUUCAAUGAGGAAUUCAAAAAAUUAACUGUGGCUGAUGAAAAACAAGAUUUGGUUGAUACUUUUUUGAACAAAUUACACAAAGAGAUGGAAAACGAUCUAAUAUGGCAAACUGCAAGUUUGAAUCAUCUAGAAUUGGCUCGAAUAGUAGUAGAGCGCACACUCAUGGCUUUGGUUUACCAAAACGCCCUGUUCCCGAACGGCGACGGUGACAUUCAUCGUGACCAUGUAUUUCACGAUCAUAUAAAAAAACUCGCCAAGAUCGUCACUCCAAACCAUAAGGAUUUGCGUAUACCCAAAAUCUAUCAUUACGAGUGCCCCUGGCCUUGGGCCCAGGCUGAACUUGGUGUCAUCUCGGCUUACAAAACUCCCCGUGAUAAGCUUCAGUGUGUUUUGCGUUGUGCCACCACUAUUAUGAAUCUCUUGUCUAUGGCUUCGGAACGAGGUAUACCUGCUGCAGACGACCUUAUUCCAGUACUCGUCUAUGUGAUUAUCAAGACAAAUCCCCCAGCGUUAUUGUCAACAAUACAGUAUGUUAAUAGUUUCUAUGGAAAUCAAUUAGAGGGAGAGGAGCAGUAUUGGUGGACUCAAUUCUGCUCGGCAGUUGAGUUCAUCAAAACUAUGGAUUAACAUUUUUUAUUAUAAUUAUAAAUAUGAAAAAUUAUGAAAAUCAACAUUAUUGUCAUUAGAAUUUUCAAGGAUGAAUAUAAUUAUUACAAAAAGCAAUCUGAGCAUUUGCAUUUUUGCAAUGCGCCAAAGCGCGAUGAUAGCUUCAUGAUGAAGGUAUAAAUUAUGUAAAAAAUAUCUAGUGAAUGUAUACUUUAUUUAAAAAAAAAAUUUUUAAUAUUUUUUUGUCAGUAGCUCGCAAAGUAAUAUUUAUAUUUGUUUUCUGUUUUUGUAAUUAGCUUUUAAAUAUUGUAUAUUGUAAAGGAAGUGUACCAGAAAUAAUCAACGAAGUCGAGUAGCGAAAAUUUUUGUGACGGUGCUGUGAAAUUUUUUUAUCAAAAUAGUAAGAAAAGGAGAAAAGAAUAUUAUAACAAUAGCGAUAUAGAAGAGGCAACAGGGAAUAAAUUUAUUUAAUUCAAAGCUUACUACAAACGGUUAAUGCUAUUAAUACUAGUAUAGCAAUAAAUAGAUUUGUGCAGUAUUCUACUUGUGAAGUAUGAUAUAAAAAAAUUUUAAUCAAUCAAAUUUAAAAAAUUGUCAUUACAGCAUUUGUUUUAUUUUUCAAACUGAA